CCGUCCUCUUAUUUAACCGAUGAGGUCCUCUUUCAACAAAAUGCUUUUAACUUCCCUUUUCUCCUGAGCCACUUCCCUUUUGUUUGAUAACUUCUAGUCAGUGCAGCACGAGAGAAACAACCACCAUGGUUUGAAUUCUGUAUCACAAAUGUUUUGGGCUCUUUCCGGAAGGGCUUUAUAAGAUGGAGGUUGGUUUAGAGUAGUGACUGUUUGGAGCUGCGGCAGUCUCUCGCCUGACAGUUGCAGACUGGUGACGUGAGAUGGAGGCAGCAUACAGAGAACUUUACCAGGAGUUUGUUCGCCUGAGAUCUCUUUGCCUCAGGCAGGCUGCUCUGUUGCAUAGUCUCAUGACAACUCUACAGAAGGCAAAAGAUGCCCCUAACGGAGACUCGACUGCCGAGCGUAUCCUAGAAAUCCCGACGCACUUCCAAGGAAACCCAAUAAGUGCGCCCAACCCUGCAGCAAAGUGUGACGUGUAUGCGCUCGCCGCAAAUGAGAACACAUCUCAUCUCCUGGCUGAAGAUAUGUCCAAGCUCAGCAUGAAGGCGCCUGAAGGCAAAGCGCAGCAAAAGAUGUCCUCAGGAGAGGACCUUGCGACAACAAAGUUCUGCUGUGAUCCUCUAAGUGGAGGCGGGAGCCACCAGGACUCAAAGAGGAUGUCUCUGUCAGACCGUCAAUUCCUUGGCUUUGACCUCCCAAGUCUUCCAGGUAGAUUGCUGAUGUCCGACGUGGCUCUGCAGUCUUACGUGUGCGACUUCUGCCAGGCCGUUUUUCCGGGACACACGACCACCAGGGGGGACUUCCUGCAACACCUCCACAACCACGUCACCUAGUUACUGCCGCCAAAAGCGCGGCAUGAAAGAUGAGGUUGGAUUACCUCUCUAUAAAUCCGAACACAACCUCCGAUCAAAACAUGGCACAGGGUUGCUCAAAACUGAGCACUAUCGAAUUUGCAAAGGUGAAAUCAAACUGUUGCCCUCUUAAUUCACCAAUCAUGAUAACCUGGAACCCGAUCACACGAUAAGUUGUCCACUGUAGUAAACACUGUCCCUGAAAGGGUUAAAAUCCUCAUUAGGGUUUUAAUGAGGGCGGACUACUGAACCGCUCUCAAGACAAUUGGGUCAAAAAAUAAACCUAACCAAAAAGCAGACAACUCAAGGAAAAUAAAACAUCAAAAACCAAAAAUGGUCAAAAAUCGACGGUAUAAAACAACACUGAUAUGGUGAGCGCUACGUCUGGUGAAUAAAGUGAAUAAGAGGUGAGGGUACUGUAACUCCAGUCAUUUAAACUACACCCUCAAUUUAAACUCUUAAUUGUAGCCCCUCAAAGAGAGAAAGCGAUGAGACAAGUCACGUUGGUUGCCCAGAGUCAUCAAUCUUCUCCUCAAGAUCCAGUCGACCCGCUUGUUUGAGACCAACAUUGGCGAAGCCUUCCUUGUACAAUCUACGGACCUGAACACCAUCACCAAUCUCUCCGAACCGAUGUGUUUCAUUGUAUCCUCGUCAUAUUUGGCGCUCACUUUCUCAUUAUCAUGAUCAUAUUUGACACUCAUGUUCAAAAAUAAGCUAUAUUAGCAGCGAGUAAAUUAAAGAAUGCGGACAUGUUUGAGGACUUAGUUGCUUUCUGCAGUUGGAUACAUAUGUCAGUUUCUAAAGAAAAAUAAUAAAACCUUGCGUUUUGA